UGGCCUUGGCUGGCACCUGGUCCCCAUCUGCACUGUUUUCUGACUCCCAGCUGUCCUGUUUUGCUGGCCAGUGUCCUUGUGACUUUGAAUUAGGUGACUUGCAGCAGCAGUGACCUAGCUCAGGGAGUGAAAGGAGUCACCUCUUACCUACCCCCUCCCCCUCCCCUGGAACCCAAGUGAUGAGCCUGUCCUGGACUGGAACCUUCCACCUAGCAACCGGGCAAACAGAACCCAGAGGGACUCUGUCCCUGAGGUGCCUCUGCUGCCAUCCGGGCCCCCCCAUGCAGCACCCCAAAACCCUCUAUCCCCCAGCCAUACCCCAGGAAGGCUUCAGCCUGCAGAGCCUGGAGGGCCCUGAGGUGCCAGGUGGCCCAGAACCCCUUCCCACCGUAGCCAAUGCUAACCUGCACUAUCAGACCCCCGGCUCGGACCAGGAUGUGCUUCCAGCCCCUCCAGCAGGCUUCCAGAUGGCUCCCUGCGGCUGCUUCUUCGACCCCCGCAUCUACCGCAUCGAGUGGGCCACCUCCGACUUUGGCCAGUCAUCCCUGUACAAGGUGGCAGUGGCUGGGGGUCCUGCCUUGUCUGGUGGCUACUUGCUGGAGGCCCCAUCCUACCUCAAAACCCCGGGGCCACCACCUCUGCUGUACCCUCACUACCAGCCGGCCCCCAGUGGGCCACAGUACCUCACACAUUACCUUCCACUGGAGGAACCUGUGCCUGAGGCUCUCAGUUUCAUGCGGGACGGAGGGCCCCUCAACUUCAUGGAGAUGCUCAGAGACGGCCUGGCACCUCCGCCAACCCCCAAAGAGACUAAGCCAUCUCCCUUGCUUAUCACAGUCCCCACAGCACACACACUGCCACCUGGGCCCUACGGCCAUCUCAGUGGCCACGCCAGCCAGUUCCCAGGACCCCAGGUGACCAUGAGGCCCAUUGAGGCUUCCAGGGAGCUGCAGAGCGGUGGUGUGGCCAGGCCAGGUCUGCGAUUCCCUCCUGGACCUGUAGAGCCCAAGGUGGCCAAGGUGGAGGAUGUCACCCCAGUGGGCUCAGGCGAGACCAUGCCCCCUGAGGUGGCUCGUGCGUUCUUCCUACCCGACAAGGUCCUUCUAGAAGAUGCCAUGAAACUUUUUGAUUGUCUCCCUGGUGGCACUGAACCUGAGGUGGCCUUGCACAGGGGUCCUGGCCAUGGACUGCGGGACAGUGGUGGUGGUGGGGAUGACUUCCCAACCGACAUCCGCUCCUUGCACCUGCCAGAUGAUCUGCUGUCCUUUGACUACAGUGUUCCUGAGAUCUUAGAUGCGGUGGCCAAUGUGGAUUACUUUUUCAGCUUCAAGGCCCUGGAUGAUGAGCCGCUACCCCAUCUUGGGGUCCCUGUCACUGACACGGUGGCCCCUGGCCUGCGGUCCCAUCAAUUGGGGAAAAAAACCAGCACGCCCACCAAGAAAGGGAAGCCAGGUAGCAGACACAGGCAGACCACAGGCCCAGCUGGCACAGCCGCCAUAGGACCCAGGCUGGACCUGGGAGCCAUCCCCAAUUAAAGUGAUUUGAUCUCUC